CGACUAAUCACCCAAACAGUCGGUCAACGCUAUAUAUGCUUUUAAAGACAACGAUUUUCCACCUGGACGGCGCAAGCCUCCAAUACUAUCAACAUGGCCGCCCAGACCGCUGAUCCUCUAGCGGACGAGCUCGCUCUGGGAUGGGGUGAAGACACGAUUUACUGCGGAGCGACUUGCGACCCCGAAGAUGUCUUGUACGAAGGUUCAGACGACGAAAACUAUGACAACCCCAUAUCACGAAAGCUACGUAUCGAAGCAGCAGGUCAACGAUUUCUCGACGGAAAACCUCCAGUCCUCUUGACCGCAUUGCUUCGAGGCCCGUUUGAUGCGAAGUCCUCGAACUGGGUUAACCCUUGGCGUUCAAAGCACCGAACGGCUGGAAAUGCAAGAAUAAUAAGGACGUCGCCUGGGAAAUUGAAAAGGUCCGCCAAUGUUAGACGCAGCGUAUCUAUACCAGAGACAGUUCAGCCGGCUAGUGAUAGUCUGGAAUGUCACCUCCCGAGCCCCGAAAGCCUUAACCAAACUUCUGAGACCGAAAUACACCCUUACCUGGAAGAAGAUGAACUGGCCAAGGUCCGAGAAUGGAGAGAUGCCGUGGACGCUGAGAAGAAACCGAAGGACGAGUUUUGGGCAUCGACACCACAAGGGUCAUUGUCUGAGAGAAAGCGAAAAGCGAAGGGAUCUUCAUGGCUGAAACAUUUGGCGAAUAAACGACGACGAACAGAUGUCAUGGAAACGGGUUCCAUUGAUACUCCAGUCCCGUCUCGAAAUCAACCUUCGCUCUCAGCUACGAAGGCGUUCAACACAUCCUUUUCAAGUGUCCCCGAUCGCUUGCCAUCUUCCGCUAUUGCGACAAAGAGAUUCUUCUCAACGCCGCAACAUGAGCAACCCACUUCAGAGGACGAACUAUCCUGCGAUAAGGUUACGUUGGAUCGAGCCUCUGCGCCUUCGUCGUCACUUUUAUCAUGUCUACAGUACACUCCAGUCCUGGACUCACAUGCGAAUAUAUCAUCACAAGACAGCACCGAGCAACAAACACCAAGCAAAGUCUCGGUUCCUCAACGAGGCUCUGUACCCGGAACAGCUGAUUUGGGAGCUCAAGGUGAAGCUGCCAGCGAUCCAACACCUCGCCCAGCUUUUGAGACCCAAGAAGAUGCCAGUUUCUGUUUCAAAAUGCGACCAAAGCUCAAUCAGGAUGUUGGGGCUGCAUCAGACCAAGAUGUCUGCAUGUCCAGAGAUGAGGACACUUGGUCUGGUCUGUCAUCGCCUAAUAAUGAUAUGGCCAGCACCAUAUCCGAUCCACAAGAAAGUACACCAGCAGAGGAGGGGCGCAGCCUACGAGACUCAGAAUCAGCGAUGGAAAUUGACCAAAUAGCUAUGACAAGUCCUCUGUCAUCUAUUUCAAGCAAAGAGUUUCGUGGAUUCGGCAUUUCUGAGGAACCUCACAGCCGACCGGAUAGCGCCAGUGGUUCUUCGAUGAUUGACACCACGCCAUCUGAUUCGAAACUCACAAGUUAUCCUAGUCAAGAGUCAGCGGAAGAAGUAAUAGUGCUCGUUGCUGAAGAAAUGCCCAGCGAAUGUCAACAAAACACAGAGUCAGAAGACGAGGACAUGGGUGGGACAGCCGAUGUCACCAGCAGCCUGGCUGUAACUGAAAACCACGAGGGCAGCGUCACUGCUUCUGUGGGUGAAUCUAACGAAGAAGAGGAAGAGGUUGGCAAAGCGAAAGCCACUGAAGUCGUAUCCCCAACAACAAUCAAUAAUAGGACGCCACAACCCUUAACAGGACGUCGCGAGGCUGAGACGACGCCAUCAAAAUCCACAACAUCGAAACUUGGCAAUGACAGCUCAACACCUUCUCAUGCUGAGUAUCUUCUCAGAACUUCAAUCAAGAAGAGAUUCAUUCCUGAAAGCUCAUGGGAAAAGUUGGCAAAAUUGACUGGAAGUCCGUCUUAUCAAAGCUUGCCCCAAAGAAGAGCAUCUCUCCCAUCGAAGCAGGCCUCCAACUCUCCCAGUGGUCGACGAAAGACAGCAUCGGUUCAAUCUACUCCCAAGAAGACGAAUCCACGCCGAGCUUUGAGUCUUCCUCAGCCUUCGUUACAGAACGUGAGGCCAACCGUUGUCGAUAGUCCAGCCAAGGAGCAACAGCUGGAGCAACAGCGCCAGCCCAACUCACCAAAGGACACACGUAUUUCCUUCUCACAGCAGACCCCAUGGGUUGAUAAUAAGCUUUGCCUGGGCCAGAUAUCUACAGACAACCCUAUGUCAGAGUCAAAGGAAACGGGCACUAUCGUGGCUGAAUCCAGCCCUGUGGAGCAAACACCAUGGACAAACGAGAUGGCCGAACUGCCGACAAUACCCCUGGCCCUGACGCCUGUUGUCGAAAUAGAGGAUCGCACAGCAGUCGAAGAGCCAAACACAUCAGCCGUUGCAUCUCAAGUUGAUACGCCACUACAGGAUGCCUCUGCGGCAGCCACAACAGUCAUAGAAUCAACACCUGAGCCCCAAUUCUCGGUCAAGUCAUUUGCAUCCUUCAGAUCAACUUCCCCAGCACAUAGUUCUCGUAGAAGCAGGCGCGCUGUUUGGAGGGGAUCGGGAGCUCGUAUGCCAAGCACGCAAGGUAUUCUGGCUUCCGCAACUAAGAAUCCUUGGGUGGUCAGGAGCUCUGAACGUCGAGUCUCAUUCGCACCGCUACCCCAUGAGACCAAGGGAUAUUCGAGUAACCCAACAACACCCUGCCCAUCUACGUCUAAGAGACGUCAAGGCUCACCACCACCUGAUACUCCUAUGUCUGAACUUCCUACGUCAGGAGAUGACAAGUUCCAUAAGCACUUUGAUGCCGUGGCGCGGGGACCUAUUAUCCGUCACAAACAGCGUUUGCUUCCAUCAGAAUCACAGCGUACAGUUGGCAGUCCAAUGCCAGACGCUAUGGCAGAGGCUUUCCUUUCGGCAGACCAGCUGCGUCAAUCGACUCCUCCUGCGGAUCCGACUAAGAGCGAUCGCGAGUCCGAUGAGUCGCAGGACCCUAUGGAAAUGGCCGAGGAUGUUUUCCGCGAGAUGGACCACGUUUUCGAAUGGAAUCUUAGUGGAACCGACUCAUCACCUCAGAAGACUCAGGGCCAGCAAAGUCCAUGGUGAAAGGAUCACCAGGAUUGUUUACAACUAUUCGAGGAUUUCAUUACGGGCUUUGCCCCUAUGGAUAGAUAUACUACUUUCACAAAAAAGGCUUUUGUUUUUCAUGCGUCAGCAUUCAUGCCGAGCGUCGUGGACCUCGAGCGUGUCGGGAGUUUAAGGAUGAACAGGGAAUGAAAGACACGACAGUCCUACUACGGGAGUCAUAUAUAGAGGUUCACAUACCACUCAGGCGUACAACGGGUAGAUAUCUCAAGUAGAUUCAACGCGAAUUGAAAUUAUAUUACAUA